AUGCCUCGUCUUUUGCUGUUGCUUUUUGCCUUGUACGCUCUGGUCUCCUGUACUCUGCGUAUCGUUGGAAAUUUGGCGAUAAUUGCGAAACCUAAAGGCCAUGCAGGCACCAUACUAGCUCCGGUCCAGGCAAAUGUCGGUGAACUUUGGUGUGCUGCAGAAAAGCUUGGUGAGAGGAUACCAAUCGAAUACGGUGAAUUCACACGCCUUCAUGAUAAAAAGGUAUUCGAGGCAAAAAUCAAGGACAAUAAGGCAAAAUUGCAUGUUGGCAAAGUGCCAGCAACAGCGGCUGGAAAGUACAUGUGUGAGGUGCGGACUGAGGAAGGGCCUCUGCUAAAAGGAUAUCUGUCAAUAUACUGUCCACCUGUUCUUCGGCUACCAACUGGUUCCAUUUUCCACGAAGUACCCAAUGCAAGACCACCGAAAGUGAUUGGAGCUGUAAAGAAGGCAAUGGCAGGCGAUCGUGUUGAACUACUUUGUCCAGUGUUCGGUUAUCCUGAACCUUUCGCCCGUUGGGAAAAGGAUGGAAGAGCCAUAGAGUCGUCGUCAUCGAUAGAAUACGAUGGGAACAACUUGAUCCUCCCACAAGCCGAGGCGACAAUGAGCGGUGUUUAUACUUGUAUCGCCGACAACUCGUUCCCAAUGUUUGUCGACGGACCAGCAAUGCCUCAUCAGUUGAUUUUCGAGCAGAAAGUCAUUAUUGACUCAUAG